GCUGCCCAACAAAAUCCACUAUCCGCCACGGACCCUAGCCAGCUGUUUGAAGCUAUCAAACAAAAUCUGCUCGCUGCCGCGAUUUUUCCUCCACUCGAACUAAACUGGUUUGUUGCAACAGCAUGCACGCCGUUUCCACUCCAAUUUGCACGCCUCUGAACUCUUCACAGCAGCCAGCUGUCAGCCGGUUAGUCAGUAGUUUGCCUCGGCCGAGUGCAGAAUGGGAAGCCUCGAGGACUUUCAACACUUACCGUACAAUCCCGCUGGUCCCUUGUCAUCCCGGCCAUUGUGGGUCACUGUAGUGCAGUGGGUAAAAAUCUUCUACAACGUGCUGUUAUUUGUAACAAAAGUGAUCCCCCUCGGAGGAUAUCUGUUGAUGAGAAAAUUCGUCUGUAAGAAACCGAAAGACAUCAAAGGAUGGAUCGCACUGGUCACUGGGGGAGCGAACGGUCUAGGACGCGCGAUUUCCAUCGAGUUGGCCAAGCAAGGUUGCCAUGUGGUUGUGGCCGACUUGGAUGAGUACAACGCACUGCGAACAGUGCUAGAACUGCGUUACUACGGGGUGAAAGCCGCCGCUUUUAAGACCGACGUGGCUUGUUCGGAUCAGGUGAAGGAACUGCAGCGAAAAAUAGAAGCUGAAAUGGGACCGGUUGACAUUUUAGUCAAUAACGCUGGACUGGUGCCAUUCCUAGUGUCGGAUGAGUACGUACCGGAGAACUUGCAGCGACUGAUGAAUGUUAAUAUUUUGGCGAACUUCUAUACCGUCAACACUUUCCUACCAGGGAUGUACGUCCGGCGGAAGGGCCACAUCGUGACCAUUGUUUCGGCAACAGCUUUUCUGCCGGUUGGAUUUAUACGACACUAUACCACGACCAAAUAUGCAAUGAGAGGCUUCAUGGAGGAGCUUCGUGACGAGAUUCGUCAUGCCGGACAGACGAAGUUUGUUAAAACCACUACGAUCUUUCCGUUCUUUCUGAACACGCGGAAGGAGAUGGUGGAUGCUAUUUCGAAAAUACCAUACUUCUCCAAGAUCCCAUUGGUUGAUCCGAACGAAGCAGCCAAAACAAUUGUCAGAGCAAUACGGAUAAACAAACGUAAGGCGUUUGUUCCCGACUGGGUUCCUGUUAGCUUGUUAACCUUCGUGAAUGAUAUACCUCGAAAAAUCAAAUACUUAUUCCAGGACCAGUUUUUAGGAAAUUGAUUAGUCGUGUUUGUGAUUUGUAUUCAAUGGAACAAAAUAAAAACAAAAACCUUCGUUCGAUUAGCUCGGA